UGGUUUUAAUGAUUUGAGAAUCAAAAUAUAACCUCAACUAUAAAGUGAACUUGUGAUUUAAAUUUUAUUACGAACGGGGAUCAUGUUAAGUUUUUUCAAGAAAAUAUCUAAUGAUAAAGGAAAUUCAGAAAAAUCUAAAGAAUCAAAUAAUAAUAAAGAUGCCGCCGAACUUAAAGAUUCCAUUUACGAUUUGAUACGUACAAUAAAAGAUCCGGAAAAACCCAACACUUUAGAACAACUCGAAGUCGUAUACGAAGAAGGGAUAACGGUUAAAAAAUCGGUUGUAAGCAAUCUAAAUGUAGUACGAAUUGAGUUUAAUCCUACAAUCCCACAUUGCUCUCUUGCCACAUUAAUAGGUCUGUGUAUCAGGGUUAAAGUUGAAAGAUCUAUUCCGGAUCCUAUUAAAUUGGAUAUUUAUAUUAAAAGUGGGGCACAUACAACAGAACAUGAAAUUAAUAAACAAAUAAAUGACAAAGAAAGAAUUGCUGCUGCAAUGGAAAAUCCUAAUUUGAAGGAAAUGGUAGAAAAUUGUAUUCUAGAAGAAGACUGCUAGAUUUUUAAAAAUAUAUAUGAAAAUGUACAUAAAUGCUGAAUCUUUAAGACAGUAAUUAAUAAGUCGUCAACUAUAUUCAUCAGUGAAAACAAAUAAAUGUUUAUUAUUCUUUAUUAUCUAUUAACAAAUUUCAUAUAACUGAAAUAAAAACCACAAAAAAUCUUA